CUAAUUUUGUACGUAAGAAGGAAAAUCAUGUAAAUGUUUCGUUCUUGCAGCUCUGUAGACCCACGCCUGCAGUGGGCCACCUGCCUUCUUCUUGCGGCAAAACCAAAAGCAAGAUGGAAAGCCGAUCGAUCGAGGGCCACACUUAGAUGACCUCUUAGCGUAGGCUAAUAUAAUUCGUUGCGCUCUCUUCUGUCUCGUCUCGCUGCUACGUGCGGAAGAUGAAUAAGAGUCCCCUAGAAAUCCACCGCACAGAGCAGAUCCCACGCAUCUGCCAGCAAUUCGAGCAGAACAGCUUUGUGGCUGUGCGAGAUCGCCGCACUGGCUGCGUGUGCUUCGACCGUGUUGCCGGCGGGGAUACAGCGACCCCGACGUCAGCCACAAAUGCUCCUUUCGAGCACAGCAGUCCGUCGACAGUCGCAGGAGAAGGGGCAACACGCAAAACGAGACGCCUACCCGAUGCCCCGAGCUUUUCUGACCUGGAGCCACUAAUUUGGAGCGAGGAAGGGCGUAAGGUGGUGCCAUGCGAUAGUUUUACCCGGGCCGGCGCCGCCGCUGUUGCCGCUAGUCCGACGACGACGUCUUCCGAUAUUCCCGUGGGCUCGGCGUUGGGUGAAGAGCCCAACUUGUCUUCUACCGAUCUUCCCGCCGCGACUGUGCUGGCAAACAAGGUGAUACGGGGACGGGUGGGCGUGGUUUUGUCCGGUAAUAACUCGAUCGCGGCAGGCAUUCUGAACGUGAUAAUUGGAUUGUUUGCCUACCUCAAAAAAAACCAGGAAAGCUCUGGCAGUGACCUGGUACGGGCUGAGUCAGACAGCCAAGUAGGACGCAGUGCCCUAGAACAACACGCUGCGAACCAUCCGAGCUUGCUGCUCUCCGCUUCGCCGGUGUUGGCGGUAGCGGCCACCGGCCAUCCCGCCUCCGCCGAGACCGGUAGUAGUGCAGGUGCUUUGGAUUUGGACAAGACGCGGUCCUCCGCUGGUGUUGUUGUGCAGCAGCACCAUCCGCACUCCGGAGCAGGCGGCGGGUCUGUGUCUUCGCAAAAGCAGAAAAAUGCCGACCUCCCGGCGGAGCAGCGCGAGAAUUCUCUCGAGCGGAGUCGGACGUGGGCCCCGCGUGGCGGUCUGGAGCCACCGGAUACGUCCGCUACCAUUCUGCCCGGCGAAGGCUGCACGCGCGGGGCCAACGGAGCUCGAAUUCCCGGCCGUCGCAGCGCCGUGGAACUCGUUGGAUAUGUAGGGGGACCGAAAGGCUUCAUUGAGGGGCGCUGCAAGCGAAUUAGCGAAUGGGCUCAAGUAAAACGGUGGCUGAACCAAGGGGGCUGUGCGGCCUUUUCGUAUUCUCCCGUGGAAAAUUUGGAGAGCCCAGCCGCUGUGCUUCAGCGUUGUCAACAAGACCACCUGCAGCACCUGGUAAUGAUAGGAGGGCCGCAGUGCGUCUUGUGGGCACGGCGGCUGGCACCGCUUCUAGCCGCCGAGGGGAUUCAGUUGGUGUUUGUGCCCAAGUCGAAGAAUCUGAACUUCUACUUUCCCUACUACAUGCCCUUGACUCUCGGGUUCGACUCCUCUCGCCGCAUGCUCUCCGAGGUGGUAGGGAACAUUGCAGUGGAUGUGCUAUCUUCGCGGAAGUAUUGGCAUUUCAUUCGUUGCGGGGACGCGGCGCUAACCUUGGAGCUGGCGUGCAACGUGCGCGCGACGGUGGCUAUUCUGACGGAAGACGUGUUCGGCAUUUCGUCGGUCCCAGAACUCAUUCGAUACCUUGCUGACGUCGUGGAGUAUCGUCGAAUUGUGCACGGUCACUGGUCGGGCAUUGUCCUUCUGUCCGACGGGCUGCUGGAGCGCCACCCGGACAUGUUUCAACUCCGCCAAGAGAUCGCCCAGCUCGAUCACGUUGUGUUCGAACAUCAAGACGAAAGGCAGAGCGCACCAAGGCACGCUGGAAAGCCGGCGGAACAAGAAUCAUCAGCUCCGGUCGUGGCUGCCUCAUCUUCUAGCAGCAAACGAGAGCAAGAACAGCCGACAACGACCGGAUCCUUGCCUUCGCCGUCUCCUGAGGGGGCAGCUUUCUGUCGGACGCCCUCUCGGGGGAGCAAACAUGGUAGUUCGCGGCCUUCGCAUCUCCAGUUUUCGAUCGAUGCGGAAGCAGCUCCCCGCGGCAGCACGAAGGCCUGCCUCCCUGACACGGUCACUGAAGAGUGGGUCUCGCGGCGACUAUCUUUCAAAAGUCAGGAGCUGUUCAUGAUUCUCCCUGAACACGUGCGACGCGCGCUGUGUUUCCGCCGGGAUGCCCUUGGACAACCCAUGUUGCCAGAAGAUCUGCGAGCCGAAAAGUUUUUCGGCACGGCCGUGCGAAAGAUACUGGAGCGGCGUGUGGAGGCACUGGCUGUCGAGGCGCGGUCUCGGAUGACGGCACAAGAGCAAUUAAGAAUCAAUUGGGCCAUGUGGUCCCCGACUGCUUUGAGUUGCGAAAACCGGUUCCGCAAAGUCAACGGUGGCAGACCUUCGCCACAGCGGCCUGGUGUCACGUCAGAAACACGUCGUGGUCCUUCUCUGUCAGACGGUGGCUUGAGAACAACUACAGAGGCUGCUACAACUAGGUCACCAGCAUUCAUCUCAGAGGGAGGGGAGGGACAGAAAGCGCUCGCGAGUCACAUCGGGCUGGAUCGUACUGCCGAGGUCGCACGGCUCCACUUCUCACCGCGCUACUGGAGUGUAAGCAGGGAGAGUGCGGGCGCUCUGCCGACACCUUUUGAUUGUCACCUAGGCUGGACAUUGGGCCACUGUGCGGGUGCACUGCUGGCAAACGGUCUUACCGGACACAUAGCGUCGUGCGCAGAGCUGGUCCAGGACGUCGGGGAAUGGCGGCCUUGCGGGGUCCCCAUAGACCGUUUCUGCGACUUUGACCAUACCACCGCUGUGGCGACACUGGCACGCAAUCCGAUGCAAUCCGAUUCCUCGGCUUUUCAGGUGGCUGCGCAAGGAACCGAAGCGAGAUUUUUCGGCACUAUGGGAACGGUGACGCGAGCCAAUCUCCGGAAUCUGUACAAGACGCGAUUCGAACCCCUGUGGCGUGACCACAACUUUUUCCGCGCGCCCGGCCCGCUUCAGUUUCGCGCAACGCCAUCGGGCGAGAUGCACCCUAGUUUCGACCUGCUCGUUCGCCAAGGAAGCCAUCACGACGUUGGUCGUUCUGUUAAGAAGACAGCUGCCCUCACAAGUGCGGGACGUUCGGACGCUCCGGAGGCACAGGAAAAAAGUUCAACUUUCAGCGCCACGAUUCCCUCCGCUUCUGUGGCGGAUUUGCCGCUGACGCUUCUGGCGGAAAACCUCUCCUCGGAGAAACUAGCAGAGCUGAUCCAGCCAUCGGCAUUGACGUCCUCUGGCUACGCGCUUCGCAUCCCCCCGGCUUCAACAAGCGAAAUCACAGCUGUUGGCUCUUCAGCCGGGGGACAAGUACCUGCUUUCGCGGCCACCGAUAGCGAAGCAACAGCGCAAAUAGUGGAGGACGAACAGCCGAACGAAGUAGAAGACUUGGCCCUGCGACCACAACUACCGAGCGUUUCGAAUGUCACUUCGCCCGUCAAAGAGUUUGUGGAUACCCUUGGGAUGUUAACGGGACGAGACCGCAAUCCUGCGGCAGAGCUACCGUCUCCCUCUUCUUCAUCCGGCGCGUGGAUAUACAACUCGGAGAGUACUAAAAGUGCGCAGUUCAUCCCUGCGGUAGAUGCGCCUCCACCUAUAGAUGACGGUAAGAAGAAUAGCGAAGAAAAAUUUUCAUCAGGUGCUGGACCACACGCAAGACAUCCAGCAUCUGAGGAUCAUCAUCCUGCGGAUGUCGACGCAAAUCAAAACUUGGUUACUGACCCGCUACAACAAAGUCAGCCUCUAGUGUCCGUCUCGGUGCGGGGGUUCGAUUGCUUGUCUCCGCUAGAGCAGGAACGAGUGCGGUACGAACCGGAGUUGCCGGACGUUUUGAAACAGCCGAUGCAAGUAGUGGAGGAGAUGAUCACUGCUCGCAUGUCUUUCCAGGUGGAGGCGGCCCUUCCGCUUACGGCGCACCUCCCCGCGAUCGCGAUUCACCCGGUAAAGCCCCCUUUGACCUACGACGAAGCGGAGGAACACCUGCUCGCGAAGGCAGACCCGGACGAAAUUGCGGACUCGGAAACGCUGUGGAACCGGACGGCCGCCGACGGGCUCGCCGCGCCCCCCUCGACAACGGUAGAGGCAGCCUUCGCCAGGCGGGAUGUUGAGUUGCCCGAUUCGGCGCUCGCAGCUAGCCAGGCUCCUGCUAUUAUGAGGCACGUAAACAGCGGAGGUCAUAUCGAGGCAUCGACGGCAUCCAACGUGCCUUUUGUAGAUCCUUCAGCUGCUGGGGCCGACGCAGAUUCGAAAGUAGCAGUGCCGAGGGACCACCGGACGUCUGCGCCUGUCGCCCGGCCGCCCGUCAGUGUCGACGGGACUAGUGCAGGGUUCGGCGUUGUUGAUGCGUUGCAUCAACCGCGCACUCCCAGCCACGACGGUCAGCUCCUUCAGCCGAUCGGCGGCGCAUCUACGUCCGGAAGUUCUCCCUCACAACGGGCGCUGGCCGAGCGCGAGCGCCAUGGUGUUUUGCGACUGCUGGGGUCCAAAGCUGCCCUGCCUCGCAGUCGGGAUCCCAAUGUAGUGAACCAGUAUCCCCCGCCGCAAAUCGCGAAGAACUUUAGCGCGUUGCAGGACUACGCAGAACAGCCAAGCAGCCCCACACUUCUUCAUGCACAUGAACUCUCGCGUAAUCUAUCCGCCUCUUCUGCGGUCGAUGUGCACCAGCUGCACCCUUUGUUUGGAGCGCAGGAGACUCCCACUGGAAUUGGCGCAGAACUUGUCGGAAGGACCCCUCGGAAUCUUCAGCAAAGAAAUCUCUCGGGCGCCCUGGAAAACGAGAAUUACAAAGGUUUUCUAAGAGUAAUGAGCCAAGUGCUUUUUUGUGCGUUCGAUUCAUUUUUGGAAAAGGUGCUUGACCUUCGCGUUACCGAAAAAUCCCGAUGAAAUAGAAAGAAAGCCUGACUGUGGUCAUUUGACAUGAUAAGAGCCGCUAAUCUCGCAACCCAAAUGCAAACAGAAAUGUCGCAGCUCGUGAAGCAGCACACGCUGGUAUGAAAGUGAAUUGCAGAUUACAUCUUAGUGAAACCUCAGAUCCAGGAGAUGCAGGAGACUCUUUCCAAAAUGUAAUGGCAAUGCGCUGAUUCUGAUCGUGAUUGGCGUACUGUAUGUAAAUUUGUAUUUGCUAUUACAGUUGCUCGCCUAAAUUGGAAAUGUUGAGCAAAACGGGUAUCACGACCAGAAGAGGGCCUGCGCAUCGCAACUGUACUUCGUGAUGAAAUUGCAUUACAUACGAUAAAAAAUUACUUGCCGAGGCUCCUGGGUGCUCGUGGGUUUUGACUGGAUCAAGAAGAUGUCUCGGUUUCUCAACUUGAUAGGUGGCGAACUCUACGCCCGUGAGUAUCGGGGUGAUGUUUGGAAGUCACCAGGCGCCGGGUUUCCAUUCCGUGGUCGCCGGACUGUUCGACUACGUAUCGUCUAUGGACCCCCCGGGCCGGCUCGUUGGAUUCGUCGGCGGCUGGGUCGGCCUGAAGAACGGUUGGGUUCGGAGCUUGGACGCACAGAAGAUCGCCUCGGUCCGGAACCUUGGCGGACAAGAAUUGCUCUGCGAAUUCGGACACACGCUGCGUACAAGAAUACAUACAAUUCAUUGACAUGAUGUUGAUCCCAUCUUCAUCUGACAGAGAUGAAUUACAGAUUGACGAUUCAAAAUGUGAAUAAUAGAAAUGCUCCUUCCUGCUCCACUUGCUGCGCUACGGCCAUGCAUUGCUGAGACGAGUUCCUCGAUAUCGUCGAAACAGUUUCAAUCAGCAGCAAAUAAACCAAUGGAAAUCAAUGUGCGCACAGACGACCACUUGACACAGCUAAGCAAGUAGAUUAAAUAAAAAGAAACUUCACAGAAACCGACGAAGACUACUCGGAUGCUUUGCAGACCCUUCGGAGGUUUCAGCUGGAUGCGCUCGUGGUGGUGGGGAAUCUGAAGUCCCAGCUUGAUACAGCGCUGCUGGCGGAGGCCUGUCUCGCCGAUGAGGAGUACGGCCUGUGCAGUCGUUAAUGUCCUCAACUGCGUGCUAUAUUGUGCGUAGCGAUUUAUCUUUAUGUAUGGUGUAAAGUCUCAAGGACGAUGAUUCUGGUUUGCAUCUUCUUCAUGGCGCCGGACAAUUUUGAGAAGCCCAAAGAACAGCGCUGGCUCGCUCAGCGGGGCAUGCUGGUGGUUGUUGGAAAAGGGCGCCACUCUUCACGUAGUACACACAGCGCCCGGCUCGAUACAAAGGCGCCGCCCAGGUACUCCUAUCGCCGUAGUGUACUCGCUCUGUGUUGCCCGCCUUGUGCGCGCCCUCUUGUUGCUACAACUCUAGCGAGCCCACGCAAGAGCCGGCCUGCCAAGGCUCCAAUUUCCGGCGCGCUCUUCUCCUCCAACGCUCGCCACUUGAUGUCGCGACUGCUCAGGAGGGCCUCGUGACGCCGUGCCUCCACAGCCUCGCUGUGUGUUGGGUGUUUGCAAGUAUAGCAGCGCUAACGAAGAGCGGGCGCCGUGUCUGUUUGAAAUACGGUGCGGAGGGUCACAAAUAGGUGAAAAGAUAACAAAGAUCACGCACAAGAACUCGAUAGCCACAGCCUGAUCUUGAUGCUUGCCGUCAUCCUUUCUGUUUCAUUUUUUGACUUGUUUCUGUUGUUCUUCUGAGUCUGACGUGACACGAGUUUAGACAAAGCAGUUCUAUCUUGUUGUCAGUAACAGAAACAGUUGAGCACCAUGUAACAGUAGCACUUGAGGAAGCUCCCAGUUCCAUACAAGGCUGGCCCACAUUCGGGUACUUGGGAUCCCCGUGGCCUCGGACAACGACUUCCCCUUCAUUCAGCAGAGCAUCGGCUUCGACACUGUGACGAAGGUGUUCGCGUCUAUCGCCGGGAGCCUGUGGUGCGAGGCCGCCACCUCGCGCAAGCAGUGGUUCUUCGUGCGCGUUAAGGGGGAGUCACAGGCUCUGAGCCACGUCACGCUGGAAACUGCGUUGCUCUGCCACCCGAACUUGGUGCUGCUUUCGGAAGAGAUGGCGCACAAACGACUGUCGCUCCUAGAUCUCACCCGGAUGAUCUGCGAUGUCAUCGUGGCCCGGGCGAGCCGCAAUCUGCACUUUGGCAUCGUCUUGUUACCGUCGGCGUUGCUCCGGUCCGUGCCGCAAACGAGGCACCUCCUCGAGGAAAUCGAAGGCAUUCUGCGCCAGAUCCAGGUCAGCACAUCGCUCUCGUCCGCGGACGGUGCGUCGAAUUUCGGACAGGCGGCGGAGAGUGGCGUCUCCGGACCAUCGCAACAUAGUACGACAUCGAGUGCAGCUGCAGCUUUUUCCGCGACGACUUCUAAUCCCACAACGACCGCGACAGCGGCGGCACUCGGCGGAGCUUCGGGCGCCGCGCAGGAGCGAAACGAAUUGCUCAACCAUCUCAAGACGUGGUCUCGGGCCCUGUUUCAAGCCUUCCCGCGAACCGUGCAGGAGGAGCUGUGUAGCAAUGUUUCCCCAAGCACCGGUGUGAUCGACCUGAACAACGUGUCCACAGAGGUGCUGCUAGCUACGUUGGUGGGGAUGGAAAUUGAGCGGCGCCGGAAGCUGGAUCUCUUCAAGGGCCACUUCGAAACAGUGCCGCACACCUUGGUCUAUCAAGCCAGGUCAGGCAUGCCUACCAACUUCGACUGUAACUUAGCCUACACUUAUCGACGACGGAAGCCUCAGCUCCAUUUUUUAUUACUCUCCGGUCCUAUCCAUAUUAUCCUUGCAUGGCUGACAUUGAUUGUGGCGGCACUAUAUUUUGAUUAUAAUUAUGUAGUGGCGAUGUAGUUGCUCCUUGAUCUUCUUGUUGCGGAUGCAGCUGCAGCAACGAAGUUCAAUUUUUUUGCUAUUUUUCUGCGUUUCCGCGACUGCAACACCUACCGUGUUCUCGAAAAUGAAAUACUUAGUAUUGAUGAGACAUAGACUUAGACAUAGACAUACAAAUUAGGCCAUGAAGCUAAGGUUUUGAGUCGAUACCGUUAUGGGAUUUGCCGCAGGAGUCCUGCAGGACGCAGGCAAGACUGGGUACCUGGUGCAUGCAGGAAACUUAUGCGAGCCUCCGUCACAGUGGACCGUAGGCGGAAUACCGUUCACCUCCAUGGUAUGCUUACAGAACGGGGUUGUGCCCGCGGCUACCCAGGAUCACGUGGUCGCUAGAAAAGAAGUCUACAUGCCGUCCGCCAACCAGCAGGGCAGCAUCUGUACGAUUGAACUUUCAUCUAUUUCUAUUGUUUGAAGGGCUUUCUCUUUCUAGCAACUUUUGGGUUGAAAACGCUUACGCCGUCGGUAGAAUUUGUUCGCAGAAAGUUGAUGAUGCGAGCCGUGUAAGUAGUAUGCGCUGGCGUCGAUCGAGAUAGCUGAGAAAGAUUGUGAUUUUGUACUGGCACCGUGUCUUUAGGUCUACGCAUGUGAUGAAUUUACUUACUACAAUGCUGCUGGUGCGCAAUGGCAAUUCGUACCAAUAGUUUGACGCUUAGAUGCAUUUGAAUUUUUCUCUUUUCAGAUGGAGAACUUUUGUCGAGCCGAAAUAUGCCUCCUCCCAUCGAGCGGUCGUACAUCAAUGCGGGUCCGAUUCAGUUCGCAUAUGACUUCUUGAGUCGAAUGCUGGUGACUGCUCGGCGAGCGCCCUUCGAGAAACUGCAGGAAGUCGGGCGAAUGUGCACUGAGUUCCAGCGAGCCAUUACUGAGAGGAAAAAUCCCCCCUCCCCAUAUCGAGAAGGUAUGUUUCCGAAAAUUUGUCUUGCUGAUUUGAGACCACAAAUCACGUCUGUCUUCCAAGAAGACAACUCCACAGGCUCUGCCGCAUUAUGCAGGCGGUUCGUGAUGCUGUUGGGCCUACAGCAUAAACGUUUGCCAUGCUAAGCGCCUAGGCCAAAAGCUCUCUACUCAGGCUUGGCAGGAGCCUGCUGUCCUCUACUGCAAGACAGACCGGAUUUGUAUACGCAAACCCAGCAUCAGGGACUUCCUUUUGAUAUGGGGAGGGGGGAUUUUUCCUCACAAUAGCCAUUGCGAAUGACCAGCGAAAAUUGUUCCCAGUUUUGGACUAUCAAAUGCAAAAAUGUCUGGGUCUGGAAGAUUGCCAGGUUUGUCAUGCAUAUUUUGAAUGGCCCAUGAUGUCUGUGAUGCAUGCCCUAGCAUCACAGAUUUUUAGAGGACUUUGCAAUGCCUCUACCGCAUGAGAAAUGCCCUCUCCGCGUAGCACAAACUGGAGUCCCCUUGCUGGUCAUGCAAUACAAAUUUUUUAGGAUCCAGAGACAGCAUUACAAGUUUAGAAUCUUCCAGACCCAGACAUUUUUGCAUUUGAUAUGGACUGUCUGCAGGGGGCGGCCCGCUUGCUUCGCGAGGUAGAUCAAAGUCAACGCAAGGCAGACGGGGCCGCACAUGUUGCCACCUCCGGCGACUGGUACAACCGAAAGAACAAGUCGAUGGACACCGCAGCAGAUCCUUACCAAGGGCUGGCUAUGGCUUCUUCCUCGUCAGUCCGGACCACAGGAGCGGGUCCCGAAGCCGCGGACCACUUGCUCUUCUCUAAAGGAGGAUCGGUUCUCCCGAUAAACGUGCCAGCCUCGGGAAAGAGUUCACUGUCACUCGCCGACCUCGUCCAACUGAGCCCGCGGAAAGCUGCAGCCCUGCUCCAAAUCAUGCUCACAGAAGCAACAAACACUGUUACGCUUUAGGACUAGAGUCGAUGGUUGUGGUAAGUAUCUAUCAUCGCCGCAGGGCAGCUUGAAUAUGUUCAUGCUCUUCUUCUCAAACUCACAAGAUUUAAGAAAGUAGCUCGCAGCACUGAGGUUACAAACGUUCCAGCCCAUGUGAUUUCUUGGAGUCUAAUUUGCAGUACACAUGUGAAAAUAAUGCGAAUCAAUUUGUUUUUAUUGCGUUUUGGACUUGGUUUGCCCAACUUAGCCGUUUUCGCGAGCGCAAAAAGCUGGCGGCUGUUUGUUAUUUUGUCCAUUCAUAGAUGAUAAACAUGUAGUGCGAGUGUUGCGCUGUCGGUGUGUUUUAUAUUCAAUUUAAUGCUCUGUAUGUGGUUGUGCACGCGCUCCGUAAAAGAACAAGCAAAACGCAAGCGAGAGAUGCUAUGCCGGCGUGUGCGGCAAUACAGCAAAAGGCCUAGAGAAAAUGCAAACUGCAGAUUCACUUUCAAGCCUGCAU